AUGGCUGCCGAAGCAGUGCCACCCCCUCGGGAUGCCGAGCAAGCUCCCGCAGACCAUGUCUCUGAGACAAGUCAAAACGAGAAGCAGGGCUUUACAACCGCUGUCUCCGCGUCCCCGGAUAGCGACGAAGUCUCGGUCAACAGCAGCCUCAGACCAGUUCCUUUGACAUGGAAGCUGGCUUCUGUUGUGUUGGUGACUGCUAUUGGAUUUGGUUCGCAGUGGAGUUCCGGCCUCAGCGGUGCCAUGAAGACAACGAUGAAGAAGGAGAUGAAGAUCAACAACACGCAGUUCUCCCUUUUGGAAGCUAGCGAGGAUUUUAUGGUUACAGCUCUGAUGCUUCUCAGCGGUGUUGUUACGGACAGGAUUGGUGGCGCAGGUGCCAUGUUAUACGGCAAUUUCCUCUACUCAGCCGGCUCGAUUCUUGUGGCAGCGGCAGCUCAGACCCGCUCUUACAAGUUUAUGAUUGCGGGCAGAGUUAUCCGCUCCCUCGGAGAUAUUGCGACUCAAGUGGCGCAAUACAAAGUCUUCUCAUCCUGGUUUGCCCCCGGCAACGGCUUUGCCUCGACUUUGGGCUUCGAGCUCGGCAUCGGCAAGAUUGGUGCAUUUGCUGGAAAGUCGUCUGCCAAUAUCAUCGCCAAGAAGACGGGAGAUUUCGCUUGGGUAUUUUGGGUUGCCGUUUUCAUGAAUCUCUUCACGAACGUCAUGACGGGCGUGUUUUAUUGGUUUACAAAGGUUGCCAAUAGCAAAUUCCACGGCGUCAGCGACCCUGCUACCGGCGAGAGAUUGAAGGAAAAGACAAAGAAGUUCGAGUUGCGUAAGGUCCUCGAGUUACCGUGGGCCUUCUGGGCAGUCAUGGGCUUCUCGUUAUUCGAAACGAGUACCGCUAUUGUCUUCCUGCAGAACGCCACCGAGCUCGCCGAGCAGCGCUUCGGCACAAGCUCCAUCACUGCCGGUUGGUAUAGCGCUACGUUGCAAUAUGCCGGAUUCUUCGUUGUUCCCCUACUGGGAAUCUUCCUUGACCUCUACGGUAACCGUAUCUCAGUCUUCUUCUGUGGCAUUGGAAUGUUCACCUCCAUGUUGCUCGUGUGCUUCGCCAAUACCACCCAGGGCACUGCUGCGAGUUUCGGAGUCUUCGCUUUCGCCUACUGCUUUGGACCAGCCACCAUUAUUGACAGUAUCCGCACGUCAAUGUGGGACUCAACCGUCUUUGGUUCAGCAUAUGCUCUGAAGAUCACGAUGAACAACGCGAUGAACAUUGUCGUCCGCGUCAUUACUGGCGUCAUCCAAGACAACGACAAUAACUCUUACGACAAGGUGACUAUUGUCUACGUCAUUCUUGCUGGAAUCUCGGUGGUCGUUUCUUUCCUCCUGACGUUUGCUUCCUGGAAGUCCGUCGACCUGGGACACCUUCAGUGGACACGCAAACUGCGCAUUGCGCGUGGCGAGAUCCUCAACGUCAGGAAGGAGAGGUUCUACGGGCAGAAUGGCGAGAAGAACAGACUCAUCUCCAAGAGCUGCUUCGUAGCAUUGAUCGUGCUUAUCUUGGGAAGUUGGUGCGGAUACUUCUGGGGAGUUGCGACUGGCAAUAACUCUUGA